AUGGCUAGUUUGAAAUUCGACUCUGAUGAUUUCUACUACAAGAUUUUGAACAAUGACAAUGAGAAUGAGAGUACAGAUCAAGAACAAAUCAUUCAAAAUGACGAUAAACAUUUGGAGAAGAAUACAAUCAGUGUGGUGUCUACCUGUAUUCUAUCAGAUAUAUUAUUAGAAAGAAUCAUCCCAUAUUCAUUAGAGAGUAAAUCAUAUUAUAAUACAAUAAUCAUAGAUAGCAAGUCUGUCUUGAUUAUUGCAUUAGUUUCCAAAAAGUUCUUUAAAAUUGUAUCAAAGAUACUUACAAAUAGUUAUUACGAAUGGCAUGGUCACAUCAAUCUUGACAGUGAAUAUUCACUUAUCAAAUCACCACCAUUGUUCUUUGAUUAUGAAUCGAUCAAAUACAUCAGAUAUGGUUGGAGUACCGAUCUUAUCAAUCAAAUAUUCUCAGGAGUCGAACUGUUUCAUAUCAAAUCCGAUGAAUAUGAUUGUAAUACCGAAUACGAUGGUAUUAGAAGAGAGUAUUUCCGCGAUGAAACAUUAUCAGAGUAUGAUGUAGCAUUUUAUCGCGACACUGUCGAUUGCGAUGAACGCUUUGUAUGUCUGCCAGCAAUGCCGAAUCUAAAGAGUAUCGUUGUCGAAGGUUACUAUGGAUAUACAACGAACUACUGUACAUUUUUAAAAUCGAUAUUGAAGCGUACACCGAAUGGCGAUGGUCAUGGUAUCGAACAAUUUAAAAUCGAUAUCAACAAAGAUAGUCAAUACAAUGUUCCAGAGCAUGCAUACAUUAACAUCUUGGUACCACUUUUACGAUUACAUUCAAACACAUUGAAAUCAAUCGAAAUCAGGCAUAUACGUCGUUCUCAUUUUGAAGAUAUGGUGGUAUUAAUUCAAAUGUUGAAAGAUUUGAUUCCGGCAAUGGAACAACAUAGUUACUCAUUCAAAUUUUAUGCAGACUAUCAAAAGUUAAAGCGGGCUUGUCGAGAUGAACAAGAUCGAAAAGUAUAUCAAUAUUUAUUCAAUCAAAAAAUCAAAAACAAUGUAAUUGUGGAUGAUAUCGAUGAUUAUGAUGAUAAUUAUUAUUGUGCCAAAGAAGUAGAUCAUAAUAAUUAA